AUGUCAUGGAUGGAAAAAGGAAAUCACUCGGAGGUGACUGAGUUCAUUCUUUCAGGACUGACAGAUCGUCCAGAGCUGCAGGUCCCCCUCUUUGCGGUGUUCCUACUGAUUUAUGGUGUCACCCUGGUGGGGAAUGGGGGGAUGAUCUUGUUAAUCAAGAUUGACCCCCGACUCCACACCCCCAUGUACUUUUUCCUCAGUAAUUUGUCUUUCUGUGACCUCUUCUUUUCCUCGAUAAUUUCCCCUAAAAUGCUGCUAAAUUUCGUAGCCGAGAAGAAAAGCAUUUCUUACACUGCCUGCACUGUGCAAAUGAGUCUCUCUGUUUUUAUAGAUGUUGAAUGCUUCUUGCUGGCUGUGAUGGCGUAUGACCGUUAUGUGGCCAUCUGUAACCCACUGCUCUAUACAGUUACCAUGUCCAGGCAAUGUUGUAAAUGGAUUGUGGCUGGGGUGUAUGCUGUGGGGUUUGUAGAUUCAAUGAUAUACACAUGUUUUAUAUUUCGACUGUCAUUCUGCAGCUCCAACAUCAUCAAUCAUUUCUUCUGUGACAUCUCCCCAUUGUUGGCGCUCUCCUGCUCUGACACCCACAUCAAUGAAAUUGUGAUGUUUGUUUUUAUGAGCUGCAUUAUAGUGGGUAGCCUUGUAACUGUCCUCCUCUCCUAUGUUUAUAUCAUCUCCACCAUCCUGAAGAUCCGCUCCGCUGAGGGCCGGUUCAAAGCCUUCUCCACCUGCUCUUUCCACUUGACUGUGGUGGCCCUGUUUUAUGGCACCCAACUCUUUGUGUAUUUACAUCCCACCUCCAGCUAUUCCAUGGACACAGACAAAGUAGUCUCAGUGUUUUACACGCUGGUGAUCCCGAUGUUGAACCCAUUCAUCUACAGCCUGAGGAACAAGGAGGUGAAGGACGCCCUGAGGAGAGCAAUGAAUAAACUCCUAACCAAUUCCUGAAUUUGUUUAACUCUGUACUGGUUUUGUGAUGGGGAGUGGGACCAUGUGAAUUCAAUUCUCAUCCAAUUGCAAUGU